GCAUAGUAAAAGGCAGAAAUGUCUCUAAGAUCUGGGAAUUUUUUUAGUGAUCUUUUGUGUCAUCAGCACCACUUCAUUGGAACUAAAUUACUAAAACUCUGCGGUACUGCGAUAGACAGAUUUUGAAAAGUAAAAAAAAAACGAUAAUAACAAAAGGAUACGCCAUUACUCUGAAAGCUUUACAGAUAAGCAUUGAAGGUGAUCGCGUUUUCUGUGUAUUGUUUAAAAAGCAACAUUUACGGUUUUUCAUAAUAAAAAAACGAUUGGAGAUACAAGCAACGGAAAAUCGUCUGCUCGAUCAAAUCCCCUGCAUGAUCUCCAUAUUAUUUUCCAUGCCUCGUCGAUUUUUUGGCGGUAUGCAACGCGUAAUGGUGAAAAACGCGGACAGCGUUUUCUACUAUUUUUUCGACUUUCCCGCACCUAGUUAAUCUCGUGAAAAUGAGAAAUUAGCGUAUUGCCGUAAUUUUCAUAUUGUGCGUCUUGUUUUUUUAUCGGGGAUUGCGUGUGAAGUGUUAGAAUGGAUCCUUGCAUUGAAGAUUUGGAGAACAAUGAAAACGUUGCCAAUGACUGCAAUGUCAUCAGAUGGAAGAACGAUGAUGCUAAAGAUAUUUCUACGUCCCAAGAUAUGUUUUCAGAUGAUGAUCAAUUAAGGGACUCGGUUUUACAAUCACCAAAAGUUGUAGCUAAGAAUGACACUUUUAACUCCUCGAUUAUUUCAAUAAAAACUCCGAUACUUUGUUCAAAAGUAACUGAAGUAACUCCUGGAAGGGCAGUAGUUCCAAGAACUCCGGCUGAUCUGCUGCCUUUCAUAACAAAAACAAGUGUGCUGUGGACUAGUGACAUGGAAACCCCAGAUGGUAAAUUGAAUGAUAAGACAGAAAACUGUGAUGUGACUAUAAAUUCUGAAAUUCCAACUAAUAAUACAACACCAAAUCGGCAUCAAGGUACACCAAACUCUAAAGACACAAAACCCGACAAAAUGGAUGUAGUUUCUUCUCCGGUACUCGGCGGAGGCAAAAAAAGGGCUAAGCGAAAAGUAAAGCGUAGAAUACUUAAUAAUGUAGCUUUAGAUUCAGAUAACAAUAAUGAUCAACAAAGUAUCAGUAGCAAUAGUGAUAAGGUUCCCUCUGAAGCUAGCUCUGUGAACAACGAACCAUUUUUUUAUGUCAAACCUGACAUGAAAUUGAACAUAAUUGAAGAAAAUAGCAAACCAAAUAAUGAAGAGUGCAAAGAAAAUAAAAAGUUAGAAGACGCUACUGCCUUUGAUAAAAAUAGCAAUACUUCAACUCAAGACUUUUUCUCUAAUGCAUCAUUCAGUUCCAUAGAUCGCUUAUGUUGUAACAUUAUUCCAGAAGAGAAGCUAAGCUCAAUACCUGAAUCAGAUGAUAAAGAAAACAAAGAUAUAGCUGUUAAACAAGAAAUUGUUGAAAAACAUGUUAAGCCCAAAAUUGGCAAUGAUGUCCUUGCAAGAGUAGCUGAAAUUAAGCGUAACCAAAAACCUCUAAGAAGAUCAAUUGAUAUAAGUCAUACUAUUAUACCAAAAGAAGAAUUUUCUAAAUCUGUUAGGGAACUUGAACUGGCCGAUACAAGAUUUAGUCAAGAAAAACAGAUAACUCCAAAAGUUCAACACAAACCUUUGAGAUUAAUGUCUUUUUCAGAAUUGACAUCUGCCGAAAGUUUAAUAAAUACAAAGAAAGAAAAGUCUCCUGAAAAGGAAAAUCUUGAUGUACCAGCUGAAAUUAUGGAUGAUUGGAAUGUAGACAUAUUUGCAAAUACAAACUUUGGCGAAAAAGGAGAAAUUUUACAGAAUGCUUCAACAUCAUCUACUACGAAGCCAGAAGUUGGCUUCUCUUGUGCCAGUGGGAAAGGAAUUUCCAUUAACGAAAAAAAUCUGCAAAAAGAUAUGAGAAUGUACAAAGAAAUAGAGAAAGAGAUAAGUAGCAACAAUAAUCUUUUGGCUCUAGAAAAAUCAAGUUUAUCAAAACAAACUAUGUAUCAAACAAAGACACUUAUCAACGUACCAGACAAUAAUGAAAUGAAUUUGAAAAUAAAAAAGGAACCUAGUCAUAGCAUUGCAACGUGUAUUACUACUGAAGAUGGAUUUUCUACAGCUAGUGGUAAAAAUAUAACAAUUAGUGAAGACAAAAUACUAGAUUAUGCAAAAAUUUACACCGAGCUAGAAAAAGAAAAUCUAAACGAAAAUAGCUUUUUAGAAUUAAAAGGUAAAAAUACCAUAUCUAAAGUAAAACCAGUUACCAAAAUAGAUACCAAAGUACCAAUAUCAAGUAUUCAGAAAUGCAUGGAAGACAAAAAACUGGACACAUUAAAACUUUAUGAAGAGUUAGAUCUAAAUGAAUUUUUGGAACCAAAAUUUACAUCUUGCAGUGAAGUGCAUAUCAAUGAUGGUUUUGCGACAGCUGGUGGAAAAGGUAUUACAAUCAAUGAACAAAAAGAGCGCUUGUAUUCUAAAAUAUAUAAUGAACUAGAGGAUGUUGAUGAAAAUAGUUUACUCAGUGUUAAGAAAGAUAUUGCUCUAAAACCAAUCACUGUUGAAAAACCUAAAGAUAAAGCAAUAAUCAAAUUUAAUAAUAAGACUAUGAUAAAUAAUACAGAUGCAAGAAUUGAAACAUCAACGAUUUACAACAACCUUACUACGAAAAUAUCAGCAGUUUCAAACACAGAAGUUUCAGGCGAUGGUUUUUCAACUGCUCGUGGUAAGGGAAUCAAAGUCAGUGAGGACAAAGAAAUGAUGUAUGCCAAAAUUUAUAAUGAACUAGGUGAUGCUGAUGAAAAUGAAUUCACUAACAUUAAGCAAAAUAAGACUUUGAAACAAGCUUUUCAGAAACCAAAAGACAAAGCUAUGAUUGUGUUUAAUAACAAGCAAACGAUUUCAACUAAACCUUCUACAGUCAUAAGUAAAAACAAUGUAGUACAACAAAAUUUAGAAGCAUCAAGCGAUGGGUUUUCAACAGCUGGUGGCAAAGGGAUCAAAAUAAACACCGAAAAAGAAGGAUACUAUUCGAAGGUGUUCAACGAAUUAAGUGAAGAUAUUCGUGACGAAAAUUGCUUCUUAAACUUGGAUAAAAAAACUCUACCCAAGGUAGCAGAUAAAGCUAGUGUCAAAGUUACCUUUGUUCCCAAUCAAAAGAAAACUGCACCUAUAACUUUAGUAUCAAAAUCAUCCAUGGGUUAUAACGAUGAUGCUUUUGAGGAUAUUGGCGACCUAGAAAAUCUUGUUCCUGUCAAUCAAACUUCAACGAGUAAAGGAGUUAGUGACAACCGUCAUUUCACUGUUCCAAAUACGUCAAAUGUGAUAAAGGCAAAUCACCAAGCAUCAACUACUGCCCAAAAAUCGCCCUCUAUAAAAAAAGAAAAGGCACAGGCGAACGAAAAUGCUUUCAAACCUGUCGUAUCAGAAUCUUCAGGAAAACCCGUCAGCUUAAAUAAACCUGAAAGCAGUCAUCUAAGUAAAUUAAAGCGAAAAUUGGAAAAUUGCGAGGUAAAGCGGCCUGAAAGAUGUCGAUCCUUCGGCGGAUUUCCAGGUAGCAGCAACGAAGGCGUCUCGUCUACGAAGUUAAACAAAUCCGAUCCAUACAACGACUCCGUUAAUCAACCCCUGCAGCAAGGGCUGUCGGUUAGCCAACACUUUGAUCUUCACUCCGAUUCUUGGCUAUCCAAAGUCGAGCUGAGCUACCUUAACACCAGCAAACCUAAAUCGCCCGAGGUUACUGAACAAACCGUCACGAAGAGUCAGGAAACGUCAACAGCCCUAAGCGAUUGGAAAGCCAGUGCAGAAGAAUCGGAUGAUUUUUCAGGUUUCUCGUAUAAAGAGUGUGCGGAGAGCUUUAAGAUGUUCGCAAGCUUUGAGAAAUUUUUAAAAAGGCACAUUGUCAGAUUUAAAGAGCAAAGAAAGCUGAUCAUAGAAAGCGGUCGCACUAUUAUUAUUACGAACAAGACCACGACGACGCAAACGCUGGACAUCCAUUGCGACUGUGUAGUCGACAUAAAAAGAGGUAUGGUCGAGCCGAGUUACGUUUUGAUCGAUGCGCCGGAAAAGCCUGUAUUCAAAUUACCCAAAAAAAGUCAGGCUAAAGCGAAGGAAGAUGAGCCUAAAGAGCAGAAGAAGGCAGAGAACAAAAUUGUGGAGAAGCGAAAACACUCCGAUACCGAUAGCGAUACUCCAUUGUCGACACUGAAGAAGCCCAGAACUGGAAGUGAGUUGCAAGGUCGCAAACUAUUUUCUGACGACUCGGACGUCGAUGAAGAAGAUCAAGCGGAGCGUAAUGUCGAUAAUUUGAUCCAGACUCUACCGUUAACGCCGCCGCCGCCGCUGCCGGAACUCACCGAGGAAGAAUUAGCUGAAUUGGCCGAAAUGCGGAUGGAUGCAAUUAUGCAACAGGAAAAGAAGAUUCGAAUUAAAAAACGAAUUGAAGUUAAACCAAUUAUAGGAUCUUUGCUGCGCGAAAGACUUGCAAAUAGUAAUAAUAGAAAGAGUUGGACGGAUUAUGUAGGCAGUUCCGUGCCUACGGCUCGUCCUAUCGAACAAAUAAAACAUAACCAUCCCGAUGAAAAAGUAUUGGAAGUUACGGCAUCAAAUGCCACGUGUUACAAAUUUUUGUCAUCUAAUUUUAUUGACAAUAAAAGAGUAGUAAGUUUAGAACUCGAAGAUAAUGCCCGUCUGAUUUUUGAUGAAGACGGUCAUGCUGGCGUUUCCGAGUUCGCAGAUGCUUUUUUGGCUAUGCCAGGUGUAGAUCCAAAACUUAUCCCUACGGGCUGGAUAGAAAAUCAUUAUAAAUGGAUCGUAUGGAAAUUGGCUGCGAUGGAUCGCAUACAUUUUGAAAAGACUGAAUUACCAAAGAUGUUAACGCCAGAACGCGUUAUGAAAGAGCUGAAAUAUCGCUACGACCGAGAAAUCGACAGAGCUCAAAGGUCAGCUUUGAGAAAGAUUUUAGAGAAAGAUGAUGCUCCUACCCGUAGAAUGGUUUUAUGCGUUUCUUCGAUUGAAGAUGGUGACAGUAAGGAGAAAGAUGCCAAAAUAAUGCUAGGUUUGUUGCGCUACAAUAUUGAAGUCACUGACGGGUGGUACAGCAUUCCGCUUACCAUAGAUAAUGCGAUGGCAAAUUAUGUUCUAACUGGUAAAAUCAAGGAAGGCACAAAACUCAUGACGUAUGGUGCCAUAUUGCUUGAAUGCGAGAGAGGCUGCUUUCCCUUGGAUAAACCAGCUAACACGAGUUUAAAAAUAUUUACGAACUGCACGAGAAGGGCGAGGUGGGACGUUAAAUUAGGAUACCAAAAAAGUCAAGGUCCAAUACCCGUGAAAUUAAGGAAUAUUGUUAUGGGUGGAGGGAUGGUAGGCGAAAUAACGGCCGUCGCUGCGAGAGUUUAUCCACUAUUGUAUAGAGAGAAAACUCCGGAUGGCCAAUCAAUAUAUCGAAACGCGCGUAGCGAAGAAAAAGCGGCGAUAGCUUACGAGCGUGCCCUUGAAAAGCAGGUAGAUGCCAUGUAUGCACAAGCUGAGAAAAAAUUCGAUUCGAAAAAGAAAUCAGACUUCGAGGAUGAACUGGAAAAUUCUCAAACUGAGUCGACAUCUCAAGCGCUAGCGCGAGGACAGAGAAGCUGGGAGCGCAAACAAGAGGAGCUUAAACAGCGACUAGAGACGGAAGUGCGCCAGGGUCUACCGCCGCCUAGAAAAGUGACUCCGGUACAGAAAGUCCGACUUGUAGACGACAUCACUACGGUCAUACUGACGAUUUGGGGUGCCGAUGAGGAUUCGGCAUAUGACAUAAAGGAAGGCAAUACCAUUACGGUAUAUAAUUGUUACGCAAUGGGAACGAGAAACGGCGAGCUGAAUCUCACGGCGAACAGGAUUACGCAUAUCAAGUCGGAACCACUGUUAAAGCUACCUUAUCCGAUGCGAUUCUGCACUCUGAUUCCAGACAUUACGGCUAUGAGCUUCGAUCCUAAGUUCUGCGAGUUCGACACCGUGGGUGUCGUCGUGUCGACAGGCCCUGCUCCUCACGGAAUGAAAAGUUUUGAAGUUGUCAACAUGGCUUAUCCAAAACCAAACAAUGCAGGAUCGUCGUAUCUAUCGAUACUCUUCUGGAACGGUGUAUCGUCUUUUGGUUACCAAUCGAUUUUUUCUGUUGGUGCUCUUAUCGCUUGCACUAAUCUGGAGUGGAGGCGAAACACUUCAUGGAACGUUGCCGUGGCUUACUGUUCAGAGAGAACCGUUUUUACAUGCAAUCCAAGGCCGCAGUACCUUAACAGUGGCCUUCGUAAUCUUAGAGCGUUAAUUCAGAACCCAGUAGCAUACGCGGAAAGCUGCGUUGAAGAAAUAACUAACGAGUUGUCUAAGAAACCUCCUUCGCGGUCAAAUCAGGGUACGCCAACAAGUUGGCCAGACAGAUCCCACAACUCUUCGUCAUUCAUCAGUCCGAUGGACAGCCAUACUCCAGGCCAUGCAAGUAUACAAAAACGCCUGGAGAAGCUUUCGCGUUAUGGAAGUUCCGCAGAUAUCUCACCCAUCGUAUUAAAUAAUAGCUCCGUCAAAGUGAAAAGAGAUUACAGGCCGGUGACGCGCAAGAAAACGUGAUGUGCUUGAUGCGUCGAGAGAUUAUUGUAAAAUGAUCGUUAUUUUGUUUUUAUUAAAUAAGCAAUCGCGUACUUUAGUUUAUUGUUACGUGGUGUUAUUAAUAUCAAAGUCUAAAUUCGCAGAUGUUUCAGCUUUUUUUCAGUAUUGUAUAAUGUAGUGUCGCUAAAAAUAGUUUAUAAAGCUUAAUAGAAAAAAAAAUGUAAAUAAAACUAAAUGUCAACGUUUCCAAAAAUCAAUGUUAAUACUUUUGUAAUAUGCUACGCUUUUUAGGAUACGCUUAAAAACAAAGGAGUUUUCCUGCUGAGAGCCAUUACAAGUCGGAACUGCUCCCGACCGGGAAAACAGUUUUCCUGAUAAGGUAUCGCGACGUAUCAGAAAAGGGACAGAUACGGGCGGCUGCAGUGCGAAAACACGAAAAUUUGAUACGAAGGUCGUUUUGUUUCUUGUACGUUACUGUAUUAUCUUACGUGAAAUAGUUUAUCGGCUUCUAACAGAGCAAGAUAAAGUUAUGUAUUUUUGUUUUACUAUUAUACUUCGAGGGUGAAUAAAAUCGCUAAGUAUAAUGUACAUUAAAA